CGGGGAGGGGAGUCGUCUGCCUUCCGCUUCUCGGCUGGAUUGACACACAAUGAGGAGCCAAGGCAGGGUAGACGCUCCACAAACGCCGCUGUAAAUAAAUACAACAACCGCUGAGGCCAGAGAAACAUGGAGAAUCAGUGCACAGUGCAGGUGAAGCUGGAGUUGGGCCACAGGGCUCAGCUAAGGAAGAAAGUAACAUCAGAGGGUUUCACCCACGACUGGAUGGUUUUUGUCCGAGGGCCAGAGAAUGGCGACAUCCAGCACUUUGUAGACAAGGUUGUCUUCCGCCUGCAUGAGAGCUUCCCUAAACCCAAGAGAGUAUGUAAGGAGCCUCCGUACAAAGUGGAGGAGUCAGGCUACGCAGGUUUCCUCAUGCUUAUUGAGGUUUACUUCAAAAACAAGGAGGAGCCAAAAAAAGUGUGUUUCAACUAUGACCUCUUCCUGAAUUUGGAGGGAAACCCUCCUGUCAACCACCUUCGCUGUGAGAAGCUCACCUUCAACAAUCCCACCAAAGAUUUCAGGAAAAAGCUGAUCAAAGCUGGAGGGGUAUUGGUGGUUCCAGAGGUGGCUGAAGCAGUGUCGAGGCCCAGCCCAGACUACCCAAUCCUCCCCACCAUCCCCCUCUCAGCCUUCUCAGAUCCCAAGAAGACCAAGACCUCUCAUGUGUCAAAGGAACCCAGCAAAGAAGGAGGGGGUGGCAGCAGCAAAGGGGUCAAACCGCACAAAAUGACCAAGGAGCACCGUGAAAGACCCCGAAAAGACUCUGAGAGCAAAGCCACAUCGAAAGGGGACAACGACAGAGAUGGAAGCAGCAAGAGCGGACGUGACUCUUCCUCAUCUUCGUCUUCGAAAAAGCCAUCAGAGAUCAAAGUGAAGGAUGACGUAAAGGUCCUACCCAAGGCAGCCUUCAAGGAGCCCAAGCUCACCCUGAAGGAGUCAAAGAUGGAGGGCAUGUCCCCGAAAGGAGGAGGGGCUGGGAGUGGAGGGGGUGGUGGGGGUGGGGGAGGCGGUCCCGCAGAAUCCAAAGCCCCUGGCAAAAGACCCUCUACUGUGGAGUCUCCCAAACCUAGUGCCAAGAAGCAGAAAAAGGGCAGCUCUGAGGGGCCAAAAGGCCAGGCCGGCGGUUCUUUCACUGGUUCUCCUCGUGUGUCCUCGUCAUCUGCUACUAGCCAGCCCUACACAGACAAGAAACACUCCAAGGAAAAAGGUCGCUGGGCCAAAGGCAAAAAUGACACACAGGAUUUGAAGGAGCCCAAAAAACUUCCCGAGUCUGAAGAGUCAAAUUCAGAGGAUGAAGCCUCUUCAAAGUCUGAGCAAUCAGCACCUUCCAGUCCUUCGAAUUCUAGUUCCAGCUCAGACUCCAGCUCGGACUCAGACUUUGAGCCGGGACAGAAACCAGGACAAGGUCCCCUGCGAUCCAUGGUGGAGGAAAUCCAGUCAGAGGAGUCAGACGAUGACGACAGCAGCUCGGAGGAGGAGACCCCUGUUAAGACUAACCCACCCAACCGCGACUCUCGACUUAGCUUGGACAGCGAGAGUGACAGCAGUGACGGCUCGCACCGCCCCAGUCGAGACCCCGCGCCGCCCCCACAGAAACACAGCUCCUCCAAUAACAAAGUGUCAGGCAGAAAGAGUCCAGACUCUUCAUUUCGUUCCGAUAAGGUGUUGAAGAAGGGAUACGACAAGGUAGGAAGGGCCUACACGGAAGAAUUAGUUGACCUCCAUCGCAGACUGAUGGCUUUAAGGGAACGUAACGUCCUACAGCAGAUUGUCAACCUGAUUGAGGAGACAGGACACUUCAACGUGACCAACACCACCUUUGACUUUGACCUCUUUUCACUGGACGAGUCCACCGUCCGUAAACUACAGAGCUACCUGGAGGCGACGGCCACGUGACAGCAAGUGGCGUGGACGGCGGAGGAGGUCGCCACUUCUCCUCAAGGAGGCCAGAGGCCAGACUGAAUCACUGAACAACCACAUGCGCGCAGGAACAAUAAAAGCACACAUGAAGAUGCUGCACCUUCACGUGACGCCGGCAGAGGAGCAGCAGUAAACUGGAGGAAGAGGAGGACGACAUGAACGGGGAGAGUUGAAGAGCGCAGCACUACAGGAAGUAAACUCCACCUACAAGGUUUUUCUCCCCACGUCUUUUGGAAGGGAAGACCUGUGGAAUGCACCCCAUUCCCCCUCUUGGCACUCAUGUUGCUUCCCUCUACACCAACCCUCCUCCUUGUCCCCAUUCACACGACUUACUGGGCAGAUCACUCCACAUCCCCCCUCCGCCAUCAGCUGGAUGUUGUCUUCACACUUACUGACUUGUCUUAUACGGCACAUUUAUAGCACACACAAGUGGUGCAUGCCUCCCAUCUUCACACUGUACAUGUCGAGGCGUGUUUGGAUGACAUUUCUCUGCUGUCCCCACAUCGGAACACACGUUGAUUUUACCCUUGCACUGAAAGCUGAGCUGUGACCUCCCGCCAGCAGCCACCCUCCUCCUCCUCCUCCUCCUCCUCCUCCUCCUCCUCUUCCCCCACUAACUCCAUCCCUCUUCUGCACCCUCCCAUGUCGGCGUGCACCAAAGGGCUCCACUGCUGGCCGGCCGCCUGUGCUCUCCUGAAUUGCCUUCUGGUGGCGUUCAAGGUGGGCGGGGUUUUUAAAACAAACAAAAAAGUAGCCAUACUCGUCUCCCGGGAAUCCAAAAAUAAGGAAAAGUAGGGGCCACGCUUUUCCCUCCCCCUUUUUUUACAUUUUAUUUUUCUACAAGUGCAUUUGUGUUUCUACUCCCAGAUUUGCGGUUAAAUGACCCUGUGAGCUAUGAAUGUAUAUGGCUUUUAUUUUUCUACGCCCAGCAACAAGCCCACUCUAGUGCCUUUCUGCAGCGUGAGGUGGGUGUUCCACAUCCCCUGCUCCGCUUUGGAUGGGCUGCCUGAAUAUCCAGUAUUGUCUUAAUGGCUUCCUUUUUCUUCCUCAGUGUCCUUGUAGGCUGUUGACCCUCCACGUAGCGUCCCUUCUUGUCACCAUCCCCGUAGGCGCUGUAGAAUGUUUAACUGGUGAUCACUUGCUUUCUGCCGCUAGAUCAGUGUUUUUCUUAGGGGGUGGGGGGUACAUAAUAUGAAUUAGCUGUAGUAGCUGUUGUUUUGGGCUGCUGUGUGACAGACAUGUUAACCAGGCUCCAUCAUUCAUCUGCUUGCUCUAAAACCGAAGUGAGUGUGACAACUGAAACCGGUCCCGUAAAGCCAACUUGUCGCUUCAAUUACCGGUGGUACGGUAUGGAAAAAACAGCAUCUCGUAGCUAAAAUAAUGCAUCUGAAAUGCGAGGAUGUCAGCGAUAACGUAGCUAAAGAAAGAGUUCCUCUCUUUACUUUGGCAAGCCUUGGAGAGCGUGGUCUCACUCAGGUCACAUAUACGUCUAAUUAGUCGCCGCACAGUCGCUGGUCUAAUGAAUCAGGUUUCAGCUCUGUCCAUUUUCUAUACCGCUUCUCCUGUUCUGAGGUCUAACUGAUCACAAGGACUGAUUUUAUGAAGUUAUCAUAAUUUGUGUUUGUCAGCAUUUCUCCACCCUGCUGCCGGAAGCAUCAGAACUUGGAAAUGUGAUAGAAAAGGAACUCCAUAAUUCAAAGUAUUUAUCAUUUGUAUAUCCACUGGAUUCUUUUUUUUCAUACAAGAAAUGGAAAUUCAACAUGUGAUAUUUUCUCGAGCAGCCCAGGAAUGGCGUCAACUAAGGCAAUGUCCACACGAAUACGAAUAUUUUAAAAACGCGUAUUUUUCUAUGCGUUUUGGCUCAUCUUCCACACGGGAAUGGAGGGUUUAGUCCUUGAAAAAAGUGGAGAUUUUCAGAAAGUCCAGUUUCAGCAUUUGUGUGUGGAAGGGUAAAGCGGAGCGUGUUCAUUUGUCAUUAGAAUUAUGUGACAUUAUCUCAUGUUUUUAUUAGGGAUGCACAAUAUUAUUUUUCAAUAACUUCCUGCUUCUCAAGACCAAUACAGAUGACCGACAAAUCUUUAUUAUUUUUAAAAAUGAAAAUGUAACAGUAGUUUGUGCGCACCUGAAGGUAAGAAGGACUCAAAGUUGGAUUUAACAAACCGUACCUGUAGAUUUGUCCUUACCAAAUAUCAUGAUAUCGCUGCUAUUAACAAAACAAAAAAAAUUGCAAGAAAAUGUGUCUCCAAGGGGUUUACUAACGACAUAAGCUGGUAUCUUGAACGAUUAUAAAGGGCUGGUUGUCCAGCACCAUCAUUUCCAUAAUGAAAUCACAGACUGCUUUAGCCCUCGGGUCGUCUGAAAGCAGCAGCAAUAGGAACAAGCCCCGGGUCCCUCUACGUGCGCCUUACAACAUGCACGGCGAUUAAAAAUAAAAAUGUGUGAUGUUUCUUGGGCUCCGUGUACGUGUGGACUAAUUUGAACGAUAAUGUAGACGUCAUUGUACAUUUAAUCGCACUAUACUGAUGAACAGAGGCGGCGUUAUAAUGCGUAACCAAGUCAGCUGUGGGUGCUAAUAUGCGCAUGACAGCCUGUGAAUAUGUUUUUAAUGUGGACAGAUUUUUCUUUAAACGCCGUAGUGGCGGACGUGCGUUUUUGAAAACGUCUGUGUUAAUGUGGACGUGGUCUUAUUUCACCAGGAGCUCUUGUGGGAUGGAAGACGUAACUUCUUGUGUUCGUCCCUUCUUCCAAAGUCUUUGGUUUGGUACAGUAGACUUGCUCCUUUGACCAAACCCCAAAGAAAAAAGUCAGUAUUAAAGAACAAACACAACAAAAUGUGAACAAAAUGACAAUAAAUAACCAAUUUAUAUAUAUAUAUAUUAGUAUUUUAAAGGUAAUUCAAUAAAUCCCACUUCGAUAAAUGCUCUGAUCAUUUAACUGUGCUGCUGCAUGAUGAAAUAUCUGAAAUCUGUAUCAAAAAUAGUUAUUUUUCCAGUAAAAAGGUAGAUUUUUGUUGUUUCUUCUGUUAAUAUGUAGCACACAUAUACAGGUGCAUCUCAAUAAAUUAACUUUGAAAGGUUUGCUUCAGUAGUUCAAAAAGGGAAACUCUUACGUUCUGUAGCUUCACAAAACAGUAUAAUCUAUUUCAACAAUUCAUUUCUUGAUUUUUUUUUAAAUGAGUUUGAUGAUCAUCGCUUACACACUGUAAAAUCCAACAGCACUCUCAACGCAGAUAAAUAGGUAGAACAAACUUAUUAAAAAAAAAGUGUACCAAGUAAAAGACAAACAUCUGUUGUGGUCAACUAGAACUAUUAAGUUCCAUUUACUUGUUUUUUCCAAGGCAAUCGGUUUGCAUGUUUUGUUUUUCUAAGUAAGGUUAACUAAUGGAUCUUACUGUGCAGCAGGGAUGUCCAAAGUGCAGCCCGGGGGCCAGUCUUGUUCCACAGCUCAUUUUUAACAGCCCGUGGCGUAUUGUAAAAACACAAUGAAUUCAUGAUUAUAUAUUCCACUAUUUUGCUUGGUCACCUAUAACAUCCUGUGAGUGUUUUGUUCAGAUAGCUUAGCAUACAUUGACCUACACUGGAUUGCUUUCAGCGUCUUUCAUGCACAAAAUGGAUCGGAGUGGCCCGCCGAUUCUUUAAUAUUACUAUAAGUGGCCCUUGCUGGAAAAAAGUUUGGACAGCCUUGGUUUACAGCUAAUUUCAAAAACCCAACAACUUCAGUAUAUUGAAAUGUGCCAAAUAGUGGAAAAGUUCUAUAUUGUGAACUCCUGGUUGGCACUUUAAUCAGCAAAUGAGGUGCAAAAAAGCACCACAUGGGCCAUAUUCAAGUUUAUUGAGAUGCACUUGUAUAAAUUUGCCAUGUUACUUGAUUGAAGCGACUUCGGUGUUUUUGUGCUCAUUUUAAGUAAGAUAUCUCCAAUUUUAGGCCACAGAUGAGCAAAGUGUUUGCAAAUGGUUAGAAAAAAGAUUUGUGAAUAAUAAGCCAGGCAAUAACUGAUGACUUCCUGCUUGUUGGUGCUGCAUCAUUCACAUCAGUCGCGUUUAAAGCUGAUGCUUUGUGAGACCGGUUUCUGUGCUGACCACAGUGCACGACUCACACAGCAGCUCGCCAAGGUACACACACACACACACACACACACACACACCUUCAAGGAGCGAGCCCUCGCCGUUCUGCCUUUUGUGUAUUUAUUCUGACGUUUAUGUUGGCUUUAAUACAUGUGUACGCUGUCCCCUUAUGCUCACUUGUAAACGCUGUGUGAGGACAAUGAUUUAAACACACACACACACACACACACACACACACCUGGAGUCUCACCUGGACCUGCCACCUUGGUGUGCCUCUUGUCAACACAACCUCUCACUCCCUCUUGUUUGUCUGCCCCAUGUGAGCCGACAAGAAACCAAGCGUGUACGUCCUAGUUCAUGAACUCUGACCUUGUGACCUGCUACUCAUUUAGCCCCUUGUGGUGGUGAGAUGGGUCGUUGAAGGGGGGGACGGGGGGGACACCCAAGAGAAGCCCACUGUCUACCCACAUGUUUUAUUUAUGGACCUCUGCACUUUUGGCUGUGACGACUUCAGUACUUAAUGGUUACCUAAACUGUAUUUUUAAGGAUUUUAUACAAUAUUUACAUGCAAUAUGAUAUUAUUAGGGUUUUUUUGCCAACUUUUAUUUAAUUGUCUUGUAUUUUGGCAUGUUUCGUCACCCACAAACAAGCUAUUUUUCCAGGCCUAAACUGUUUGGGGGAUGUUCCCUGUGUAUUUUGCUGAGCACCACCAAGAAGCAGGUGCCGCAGAUGUUUGCUGGAUGACCUCAACGUAAUCACUGUCUGCCUCCAGUCACAAUAGUUGGACCGGAGUGAGGACGCCACACUUUCGUUCAGGGAGCUGUUUAGCUAAAAACAGAAGAAGAAAAAAAAAAAGUAAAUUUGUUUUCCUGUGCUUUCGGCUGACCAUUCAUAGACAUCCGUGCUCCCUCGGCUCAAACGCAGUUGCAUCAUAGGAAAGAACAGAUGAGUGUGCAUCUUUACAAUACAAAGAAGAAAAAAGGGGGGGGGGGGGGGCAGGGUGUGUCUGUGACAAGGAGACAGGGUUGCCUGUAUUUAUAAAGGGUCUUUUUCUUUCACUGGGGUUACAGGGGGUUGGCUGUGAGUAAGUGGCAUCGUCAAUAUGCUGUCAACUACAAACCAACUAGAGUUGACUGUUUGGUAUUUUUAAAAGACGAACUCGGCAUUGGAAUGCCACCAUGUGGCCAUAUGAUGCAAGUUGUUGACAUGGAUGAAACAUGUUAUUUUAAUGUUUUUUUUUUUUAUUUGGAAAGCAUAUUAUUAAUAAAGUCAUGAAGUACUGUUGUCAUGGCGUCCUGUCAUUGACCGCCGGGUGACCCGGCCAUGGCUGCGUGGGAGGGGUUCACCUGGAGUUCAUGUGACGGUGCAUGGGGUGAAAAGGACACGCUUGGCCCAGGCCGAUCGUGCACUGACCAUCCAUCGGGGAAAUGGUUCAGUUGGAGGGGUCCUUAUUGCUACGGGCUGAUCAAUCGACUCUUCUGAUGUCAUAACACUCCUAUCAGUCGAGAUUCAGCAAUGAAGAUUUGGUAUGACCUUGUGUGCUGUGUUGGUCCCUCACAUACAGAAAAAUGAAAAGGAUGCGGCGGGGGGGGGCUUUUCACGUUAUUCAAGCUAAAAGCCAGUGUAGGUCAUGAUAUGCCACGCUGUUAAAUAUAUUUCAAUUAUUAAUAUUGUUGUACCUUUUUCAACUAGUUUAAACAUUUGUUCUUUUACAUGUGGUCCAUCAUAAUGUUUCAUGUUUAAUUUUCUGUAUAUACUAUUCCCUGGGGACUUCAAAUGGUCCCCGGGCCGCCAUUUGGACACUCCUGUUCAUAUGUGUGGCACCCUGGACAACGCUGGGGACUAGUAUUGCUAAGAAUCUAAGAUAAAAUAGGCCUUUGUCAGUCCCACAAGGGGAAAUUCCAGUUAUUUGUUUCAUUUUCUUAGUCCCCUCCACCCAUGUUCUUUUUGUUAUGAAUCUGUUCAUUCUGAGCAAAGCGAAGCCCAUGUGAAGAUGUAAGGUUGCAAUACUCGUUUUUGCCACUGUGUGGCAGCAUUGGCGAGCUGACACACUCAGGACGGCGCUUAAUCCACACGAGUACUCAGCGUUUCCAGAUGUACAAUAAUUAUAGUAUUUGUACGAUAAUGUCACCCUCUGUACAAUUAAAAAUGUUACAAAAGUCGUAAUGUACGAUAAAUUGUCCAUUACAAACAUGGCUAUUAGCACACAAACAGGAUGCAUCCUGCAAAGCGCCUGAUGUUGCCUCACGGGGGGGCGGCUGUUCUACCAGUGGCACAUCCCCCUCCCCCCUUCUAGUUUAUUUAAAGGUAAAACUUCAUUAAAGGCUAUAAAAUACACACGCUUUGGUAAUGUUUUACUGUAGUAGAUUCUCCUGAGCAACGUCAAAUCCGGUAUGUACGAUAAUUUUCCUCAAAAUACGCUCAUUUUAAGCAUGGACGAGAUUUUGAUUUCAGAGGUAGUGGAGGGAACGAGCACUUGGGAACAUGCACGCGCACGCAAACUGAAAAAUGUCAAACGUUAUUGUAGAUAAAACCUUGAUAUUAAUGUAUGUUUAGCUGACCUGACCUAAGUAGAGUAAAAAAAUGCCCAACAUGUUAACAAUUUACAGUGGCAGAUGAACACGAACUAAUAGAGUGACAGUGGGGAAGCCCAAUCACACGCUAGCAAAAAAAAACAAACAAAAAAAAAACUCAAUCGAUUAGCUUGUGGGCGGUCGAAUGGGAAACAUGCUUCAGUUUGAGCAUCCGUCUUCGGUUUGGUCCGAGUGCUUGACAUGUCUCCUUUUAGGGUCCCAAAGUGGGGUACGCGCAGGGGCGCCGUAAAG